UUGCGCCGUAGUCAACCUUUGAUCGUUUCCUUCACCCACACCACUCGCCCAUAAAACCCUGCGCCGCCGUCAGAACCCUUGGAUACAUUACUUUCAACACCACACAAUCCACACCUUCUCUCAAAUAACUGCAACCAUGGCACCAGGAAAGUGGGACGAUGAGGAUGAGGGUAGCACUCCUCCCACAUCCCCACAGGUAGCGCCCAUCGCCCGCCGCAGCAAGUUCGACGAUGAGGAAGAAGACGACGAUGUACUAGAUUCAUGGGACGCCGCCGAGGAUUCGGAAGUCGAACGCGAAAAGGCAAAGAAGGCCGCAGAGGCAAAAGCCAAGGCGGACGCAGAGGCGAAGGCAAACCAUAAGUCUAAGGCGCAAAGAAUCGAGGAGCACAGGCAGGCCGCACUACGUCGGCGGCAGAUGGAAGAGGAUGGCGAGACCGAUGAAGAAGAGACUGAGGCUGAACGCCGCGAACGAAUGCGCCAGGCAGAACUCGACGCUUCGCGCGCCCAAGCUGAGGAACUCUUUGGCGACCUGAGCGUCGUUCCCAAGGCCCGUACUGGCAAAGCCAUCACUAUCGCCGACGAGUCCGACCCAGGCAACGCCAUCGACCUUUCCUCCCUCGCCAUUUUCAACCCCAAUACCAAGGACCAGUUUACUAAGCUCCGCGAGACUCUCACACCUCUGAUUGCUGGCAACUCUAAGAAGGGCCAGUACUCGCUGUUCCUACAGGAGUUUACCAAGCAGAUUGCUAAGGAUCUGCCGAGUGAGCAGAUCAAGAAGAUUGCGUCUGGCCUGACGACAUUGAGCAAUGAGAAGAUGAAGGAGGAGAAGGCUGCUGAGAAGGGUGGAAAGAAGAGCAAGGCUGCAAAGACCAAGACCACACUCAAUGCGAGCAGAGACGUCGGCGUCAGGGCAGAUACUAGGGCAUACGAUGACGACGACUUUGGCGAUGAUGACUUCAUGUGAGGCAUGACGGGGCUUCCUAUACAUACGCCUUUCAUAUUGGAGUUCAUUCCUCAUCAUUCAGUUUGGAGUCGCGGUUGGUGAUUUCAGGAUCAAAAGCGGAACAUGCGUGCAUGGCGUCUUGCGCUUGACGCGUCUAUUUCACGGUUGUGCUUCGAGGCGAAGCGGCAUGGGUUUAAUGCAUGUACAGUGCAUUAUAGAUAGACACACGUAGACAGAAGAUGUCUGAUUCUUAGAAUCGAGCAUGUGUGGUGAAGCGUGUAUGAACUCUCCUACUCCAGCGGUGAAUACAGAAGCUGGGUGUACUACUGUCAGCCCACAUUCCAGACACGAUAGUGAGCCAUCUGGAGAUUGAGUUGGUGCCGGCCAAUGCCGCUUCGCCAAACUCCGAUACAUCACAACGCGGGGCAACAUGUGUUGAUGGAACGUCAUCCCGC